AUGAACCAAAACUUUGUUGGACAGCCCAAUGCUGAAGACAUCAGAGCAUUGGAAGGACUGCGACGUGGGCUUGUACCCAUGAUCGCAGCCAUGGACAGGUUGAAGCGCGACAUGGACUUCAAGAUGUCACAAGGGGGUGCAGUAGACUGGCCACAAAUCCAGCGAACAACAGCGGCCGUCAACUCCCACAUCACAUCGCUCAACAUCUUCAUCAAUGGCGGCCGAAAGCACGCCCUUGAGACCAGGAAGACCGAUGCUGGCAAAGUAUUAAAGAACAGACAGGGUGGCGAUGAGAUGCGCUACACGGACACCACCAUCCCGCCCCAGGCCGAUACAAUCAGGAAUUUGCACCCCUUCCCCAUCGCUCCUUUCCCAAACACAAACGAGCACCUUGCCGGCCUUGCGCAAACUCUGCUGCGAAAACGCCUGGAACCUACAGAAGAGAAAUGGAUCGAAGACCGGCUAUCCAAAGCUCUCGAGUUCGCAUCUGUGCCGCCAGAAUGGGGCAUCGAGCCCAAGAAGACCAACGACAAGGAAACUCCCAAAGAAAGUGACGACGACGUCGACGGAGAUCCAACACGCCUACUCAACAGAUACAGCAAGCGCACAAAAGGCACGCUCACCGAAGAGCAACUUGUCCAACGCUGGAACACGGCGCAUACGUGGUUUUUCAACCCUCCACAGACGAGUUUUGACGAGGAAGAGUACGCGUCUGGCGAAGAAGGCGAGGAGGAAGACGACGACGAGGGCCAGGAAUUCGAGGAUGCAAUGAAUACUCCAGUUCCGGACGCGUCGGCGGCGCAACCAACGACACAAGAAGGGCCUGCGAAGUCAGCAGCACCUCCGCCACCAGUGGUUAUGGUUCAGGAGGCGGAGCCGCCCGUGCACCGGCCGGUUCCUGGGACGCCUGUGCUGGAGUUGGGGCUGAUCCAGAGGUUCAUGGCGACAGGGCAGUUGUAG